AUGGCAUGUAAUACAACACGCCUACGAGCUCUUCGGUUAUACAAGGAGCUGCUAUACCUUGGAAAGGAAUACCCCGACCCCGCGUACGACUUCAAUGGCAAAAUACGACGUAUGUUCGAGAAGAACAGGAAUCUGACAGAUCAUGAGGAUAUCGAGAAGGCGCUGAAGAUGGCUGAGUAUAUCAAGAAUGAGACUCUCGCUUUGUAUUCAUUGAGGAAGUACCGGCACCUGAAGAAUCACUAUUAUCCUGAUUCGUAG